UGUUGUUGUUGUUGUUGUUGUUGUUGUUGUUGUUGUUGUUGUUGUUGUUGUUGUUGUUGUUGUUGUUGCACGCAGGUACGUCAUUUGGAUUGGGUGGACUUGGUGUGGCCGGAAAUAUUGCGCGCUUUGCAGCAGGAGGCCACCAACCGACUGGUCGACAUGAAAUAUCCCAAAGUGCAAAAGUACUGCCUGAUGAGCGUCGGUGGCUGCUACACAGAUUUCCGUAUCGACUUUGGUGGCACAUCCGUCUGGUAUCAUAUUCUCAAGGGUGGAAAGGUUUUCUGGCUGAUUCCUCCGACCCCAAUCAAUCUUCAGAUCUAUGAGCAGUGGGUGUUGUCGGGUAAACAGCAGGAUAUCUUCCUGGGUGACAUGGUCGAGACGUGUGCCCGCGUCGAAUUGAAACCAGGCUGGACUUUUGUCAUUCCUACUGGCUGGAUUCAUGCAGUUCACACUCCUGUGGAUUGGCUAGUGUUUGGUGGAAACUUUCUGCACAGUUUCAACAUAAGCGGUCAGCUUGCCGUGGCGGACAUUGAAGAAACUAAUAAGAUACGAACGCAGCGAAGCUCUCUCCUGCGCCCGCAUGCGCCGAGAUCCCACUGCUGUCAACGGAUGACACUGCAGCCCAGUCGCCAGCGACGGCGGCAGCUGCUGCUGCUGCUGCUGCUUCGUCAGGAGAUGGAAACAGCUCACAAGGCGGCAAGCCACCUCCAUCACCGCCAUCCUGCCUGCUCUCGGACAUGGCCUGUCUCAGCUCGUAUGAGAUUGAUGGCUUGCGAUGGCUGCUGGCCGAGCUUAACGUUUCCACGACGAUGGUGAGGGCAUGUCCCGAUGAGCUGGGGGAUCCUGGGGAGCUCAUGUCGACCGUGGAGGUAAGUUGUCGUGUGUGAUGUGUGGGUAAAACCGAAGUUACCGAAAAUAAAUCUCCACCUAAAUUUUCCGGUUUUACAGUAGCCUAUCUUCAGGGACAUACAUAACUAUUGGCGUAGAUUUGCUUAAUCGUUAUGCCUUGUAUUCUCUUGUCAAAUGUACACCGUAGAUUCUGUUGAACGAGUAUGAAAGCCAGUAUUCUCCUCUGCAAUGUACAAGCA